CAAGCAUCAAAAUUUAGGUUCAUUCUUUGCAAAAAAAUGGGUUUCCUUUUACCAUCUAUCCGACGGGCUUGGAAAUCUGUAGAAGUUCCAAAGGGCUAUCUUGCAGUGUACGUUGGAGAGAAAAAGAAGCGGUUUUUGAUCCCCUUAUCAUACUUGAACCAACCUCUAUUCCAAGAUUUAUUGAGUCAAGCUGAAGAAGAGUUUGGAUAUCAUCAUCCCAUGGGUGGCCUCACAAUUCCUUGCAGUGAUGAUGUCUUCAAACAUAUAACUCACUGUUUGAGUGGACAAUGAAUUUCAUACUAUAGGAUACUGACAUACAUUGGUAGAGACAUUUUUGUAAAAUAGGCUUCUUCUCUAUCAUGUAAAAAUGAUAAUGAA